AUGCUGGAUGGCCCGCUAUUUUCCGAGGGGCCUGACAGCCCCCGGGAGCCCCAGGAUGAGGAGUCUGGCAGCUGCCUCUGGGUGCAGAAGUCCAAGCUGCUGGUGAUUGAAGUGAAGACUAUUUCCUGUCAUUAUAGUCGCCGCGCCCCUUCUCCACAACCCAUGGAUUCCCAGACCAGCCACUGGGCCCGCUGGACCCAGAGCCGCACGUGUGGGCCGCGCUCGGGAUCCCCUGAGCCGCCUCCCCGCCGGCCCUGGGCCUCCAGGGUGCUGCAGGAGGCGACCAACUGGCGGGCGGGGCCCCCGGCCGAGGCCCGAGCCCGGGAGCAAGAGAAAAGGAAAGCGGCGUCGCAGGAGCGGGAGGCCAAGGAGACGGAGAGAAAGAGACGCAAGGCUGGUGGGGCCCGAAGGAGCCCCCCGGGUCGGCUCCGUCCAGAGCCCCGGAACGCCCCUAGGGUGGCCCAGCCUGUGGGGCUUCUAGCUCCUUCGCGGCCCCAGCGUCUCGGGCAGCUGGGGCGGGCGCCCCGUCCAUCCGCGCAGCCGCAGAGCAUACCUGUGGCGGCGUGGGCGGGGCCCUGGGGAGGUCGGCGGCCCGGGCCCCCCAGCUAUGAGGCUCAUCUACUGUUACGAGGCGCUGCCGGGACUGCCCCGCGACGCCGCUGGGACCGGCCGCCACCCUAUGUGGCUCCACCUUCUUAUGAUGGCCCCCACAGGACCCUGGGGACUAAGCGAGGCCCCGAGCUCGCCCAUGCGCUCGCCGCCCCAGCCCCAACCCCGGUCAGGACCGAGGCAGGCCUCACAAAGAAGACACUGGAUCCUCGUAUCUACCGGGACGUCCUCGGGGGUUGGGGUCUCAGACAGGGACGGGGUCUCUUGGGGGGAUCCCCUAGCGUUGGAGUGGCUAGAGCCAGGCCGGAAUUCGGCAAGGGGACCGUGGAGAAAGGCCUGGGGCUUGCUGCUGCUGGCCUGAGCAAUGUUAGCGACCGCCAUUCCCCAGCCAAAGCUCCAGGGAGCCCGGGCACCGAGACAGCUCCUGCGGGACUUGCACCAGCGACUCCUAGAACCCCGUGUCCCACUCCCAGGUCCAGGCCCCACCUCAAGGGUACAAAGGAAGGGAAAGAAGGUGUGGAACAGAGCUGGCUCCCCAAACGCUGGAUUCCCUCUCCUAAAAAAAAGCAACCGCCCCGGCAUAGUCAGACCCUCCCUAGACCCUGGGCUCCCGGAGGAACGGGUUGGAUAGAGUCUCUGGGUCACCGAGAGCGGGCAGAACCAGAGAUCUUGGGAUGGAAGGUGACCCGCCGCGCCCACACCCUGCCCCGAACUUCUCGCCACCCCACUCGUGGAGAAGGUGUCUUUGUCAUUGACGCCACAUGCGUGGUGAUCCGGUCUCAGUAUGUUCCGACUCCCAGAACCCAGCACGUGCAGCUUUUGCCGACUGGGGUGCCGCACAUUAAAGGGGAUGCCCCUGGUCGACCGACUUGUGGCAAAGAGGAGGGCGAGGGGCUCACGGCCUUUCCUUCCCCCUGCCAAAAGCUGAUGCCCAGAGGUCCCCUUUCACACCAACCCAGCUCCUCGGGGUGCGCAAGUGAAGCUGAGGGUGGGGAGCCAGGGGAAUCCUCACUGCAGGAGCGUGCCUCCCGUAUCUUGGGUCUUCCAGUCGGUGAAGUGAACCUGCGGAACGCACCCACGCAGCCAAGUAGUCCAGAGCACACAACCUUAGGCCCAGCGGCUCUGGUAGGCGUGGGCAGCGUCGAGGGCUCCAAGGAAGUGACAGUGGCCCCGCGACGCGUGGGUCUCAGUUGGGCGAGGACCCCGGGGCCCUACGCUGGGGCUCUUCGGGAAGCCGUGUCCCGCAUCCGCCGCCACACCGCCCCAGACUCGGACUCAGAUGAAGCUGCUGAACUCAGCGUCCAUAGUGCCUCCUCUGACGGAAGCGACACAGAAGCUUCAGGCACCUCUUGGCCGAGUGACGGAACCCUGGCCGGAGUUGGGAGCUCCACUGGGCCCCGGGAGGCGGGGAAGAGAGUGGAGCUAAGCGACAACAUCCGGGAGAUCCUUGGUGUCAUCAGUCGAACCGAGGAGGCCCUCUUCCGGGUGGGGGACACUAAGAAGACUCCACAAGGAAACAGAGAGUGA